UCAUGUCGCGGCGUUCUCCGCCAUGUUUGCAGAUCUUCAGAGAGGUGUGUAGUUCACAGAGGAGGGCUGCCUGCUCUUUUUCUUUUGUCCGACCUCCUCUGCAAAAAUGCACCCCUCGCCACUAAUUCAUCACGUUUCCUCACGAGCUGUAACACCUUUUGCUCCGUGAGUCUGUCAGAUCCGCCCAUGACUGAGGGAAUUAACUGAAGAUUAACAUUAGCUUUUCAAAACAUCUCGGAAUGUUCUCAAAAAAACCUCAUGGAGAUGUCAGGAAAUCGACACAGAAAGUGCUCGACCCUAAAAAGGACGUGCUGACAAGAUUGAAACAUCUGAGAAUCGUUAUAGAAAAUGCCGAGCCUCUGGAACUCAAGCACCUUUUCGAGCAGAAUUACUCGCACAUCUACUACGUGUUUUUCGAAAACUUCGUCACCAUCGAGGUCAACCUGAAACAGAAAGGUCACAAAUCACAACGAGAGGAGCUUGAUUCGAUUCUGUUUAUAUUCGAGAAAAUCUUACAGCUGUUACCCGAGCGAAUACAAGGAAGAUGGCAGUUCCACAGCAUAGGUCUCAUUUUAAAGAAACUGCUACACACUGGAAACUCCCUAAAGAUCCGCAGGGAAGGUGUGCGUCUGUUCCUUCUAUGGAUGCAGGCUCUACAACACAACACCCUAAAAGAGCAGCUCUGGAUCUUUGCCUGUCUGAUCCCAGGAUUCCCAGCACCGCAGUCCGAGCUAGGCCCUCGCACCCUGGAUAAUCUCAUCAGCCCUCCUCUGAACCUUCAGGAGUCCCAAGUCACUCCAGAAGAGAUAAGCCCCCUGGUGCCACCCCAGUCCGGAGAUAAAUCCCAGGAGGAUCUAACCGGUUACUUACUGGAGGCUCUUCUUAAAUACAUGGUAAACCAGGCCAAAAGUCUGGAGUGGAAAUGUAAGGAGAAUCACGAAAAGGGGUUCGCCUUCCUUUUCGGCAAUUUUAAAAAGUAUUACCUUCCCCAUAUCUUCCCCAACUUCUCCAAGGAGACCAGUUUGUACAAUCCUAUUCUGGAUGUCCCACCAAUGAGACCAAAGCCUUACUACGUAGUUUUAAAAAGAGACCCAGAGACCAAUGAAGCCCUGUACUGCACUAAAGAGAACUUCCUCAAUGCCAGAGUCAUAUUUAUCCGCUGGCUGGUGUCCUUCUGGUUGGAACCCAGGCCAAACACAGGAACACACAUCCCUGGCAUGGAAGGAGAAAACGUGCCAAAGAAUAUACAGAGAGCGGCAGCAGGCCUAGCUGCCCGAGAAGAUGUGGGACAGAGACAGGACUCUCUGGACGCGGGAGGGGGUGGCGAGCCGGAGCAGUCGCACUCCAACACCAGCACCCUGACCGAGAGAGAGCCCAGCACUUCCAGUCUCUGCAGCAUAGAUGAGGAGCACCUCACCGACAUCGAAGUGGUCCGACGGGUCCUCUGUUCCUCCAGAACCAACGUCAACUUCAUCACGGAGAUCUUUCGACAGGCCUUUCUGCUGCCCAUGUGUGAAGCCGCAGCCAUGCGUAAGGUGGUACGGGUGUAUCAGGAAUGGAUUUCUCAGCAGGAUAAGCCUGUGUUUAUGAGAGAGCCGGAAGAAGACCAAUACUCAAGCCAGCUGGACUCCACCCAUGAGCAAGGAGCUGACAGAGAGAAGGAGGAUAUGACUGUGUCCGUUCACAACCGAAACUCUAAUUGGUGCAGGAGUAGAUCAUCUGACACCGAGAUGCUGGAGCACAACGUUCAUGCUGGUGUUCAGGCUACACUACAGGCUUUCAUCACCAAUUCCUCUAAUGUCUUCCUUCUCGAGGCUGCCAAUGAGAUGAAGACCCUUCUGGAGGAGCAUGUUGACAUGUGCAAGCGUGUGCUCAACAUAUACCGCAGUCUGGUCAUGCAUGAGACCAUGAACCAAAAGAGCUGGGAACAGAUCCUGUUGGUGUUGCUAAGGGUAACCGAAUAUGUGAUGAAGAGGCCUCCAUCCAUCAUGCCUCAUGGCAAGAAGAGUAACACGUUAUCGGGCCGAUUGGCUGGGGCAAUUUUUCAGACUCUGAUCGUGGCCUGGAUCAAAGGGAAUCUGAACGUGUACAUCUCUCGAGAGCUGUGGGACGACCUGCUGUCUGUACUCUCCUCUCUCACAUGCUGGGAAGAGCUGGUCACCGAGUGGUCCCUUACCAUGGAAACACUUACAAAGGUACUCGCUCGCAAUCUUUACAACCUGGACCUGAACGAGCUGCCCCUGGACAAACUUAGCGAGCAGAAACAGAAGAAACACAAAGGCAAAGGUGGCAUCCAUGAGGGGCAGAAAAUUGUUGUGGAUCGCUCUUUCUCUAAAGGCUGGAGUCGAGACCUGCCGGGCCAGGAGGCUGCGAUGAGACAGCGCAGUGCUACCACAGCUGGAUCUCCAGGCGUAGAGAAGGCCAGAAGCAUAGUUAGACAGAAGACAGUGGCUCUGCGUAGUUGCUCUACGGGGGACAGUUUGUUGUCCUCAACCUUUAUCCGCAGUGCUAAAAGCGCACCUGUCCUGAUCCACCCCGUACACCCUCUCCUGCCUGAUUCUGUGCUCACUCCCCUAGCUGAUGAGCUGUCAGACCUGGAGGAACCUCCCAUGGCCCAGCGCGGGCCGCGGACUCGUCACUGCUCUCAGAGCGAGGAGACUCCGUCGUCAGAGGUGUUUUCAGCCUCCGGUGACCUGGAGCAGCCCCCCCUCCCCCGCAGCAGCAGCGCCUCUGACAUCAUGGAGCCCUUCAUCACCGAGCGGGUCAAAGGUGCACUUCCUGUCUCUGACAGUCCCUCUCACUCCACCCACUUUACCACCUCGGCCCAAACCGAGUCCCCUCACUUUACCCCGACCCCACAACCACCCCCCGACAGCCAGGCAUCCCUAGAAUUGGGUGAGAGCAUCUAUGACCACCUCUGCCAGAUGCCAGGGCAGGAACCCCCCUUUAUUCCUGAUUGGUCGUGUCCUGCUGUCGCUCCGGUCAGUCAGAUCGAAGGUGACGGCGAGGAGGACGUCUUCAGUGCUUUCAGGGAGUUUUGUAGCAAAGAGAACGAUUUAGAGGUGUUUGGGGAGAAAUCGGAGACAGGUGCGAACGGCAGGCAAGUGCAGUUUGGAGGAAGUGGGGAUUGGGCUCUGGAGUGGGAUAGAGAGAUGGAGCAGAGCGAGAAAAGUUUGUAUGAGUGUUUAGAGCAGUGCGAUUGGGAUUUGAGCAUUACCCAGAAAGGUGUCAGUCAGGAGGAGCCGCACAUCGUCCCUAGUAUGCAUCCAGCAGAGGGCAGCAAAGUCACACAGUUACACCGGCAGAACGCUACGGAAAGAGUCAGUGAGAGUGAGCUUAGUUCACAGCCGUCCCAAGUAACACAGAGGACCAAACUCUCCCAUUCGGACCCAAAAAAGCGUCACAGCGGUGGGGUGCACGUUAGCUUCCGCCCGUCCACAGAGUCUGUGCUCUUUCACAACCCCUUGGACCCCAAAGAGGCCCACUGGAAGACCCGGCUUCGCCGUCUCGGCCACUUCCAUUCGGUUGGUGGAAGCGGGGCAGCGCCAAAGGUCAAAGAGGGGGUUGGGGAGGGAGUCGUCUGUUGCGAAGUGACGGAGCGGGAUAAAAGCUCCACCAGCGGGGCAAGGCGCGGCAGGCUCGGUCGCCCGACUCUCCGCCCAAGAGGGUCCCGCUCUAGGUCUCAGGAGUCUGGUUGCAGCCCCUCACGGCAGCAGCAGGCGGCGCUGUUGGGUGGUGUGUAUAAGUCUAUGGUCCAUGCCCUCUCCAAACCCAAGGCCCAGGCGGUGUCACCACAGCGGCACGGCAAAGGGCCCGCCACCGAGGCGCACCUGAAGGACCUGUAUGCACACGUAAUGGGCUAUUUUGGAAGAAAAACAUCAGCCAAUAAAGAUGAGCUGACACCCAAAAUGAGGCCCAUGUCCAACGACGCCGGCAACAGCAACCCGAACGUCAGUGAUCUUAUGGAUGAGUUCAUUCAGGAGAGGCUGAGAGCCCGGGGCAAUUCUAGCAUGACAAGACGUGGCAGUAGCCCGGGUAGUCUGGAGAUCCCCAAAGAUCUUCCAGAGCUCCUGAACCGCCAAAACGCCACACGACCUGCGGACGACCCCGGUGUGCCCUCUGAGUGGACUUCACCAGCUAGUGCCAGCGGAAGUGACCUCAUAAGCUCCGAUAGCCAAUCAGAUUCCUUUAACGCUUUUCAGUAUGUCAACAAGUUUGAGAAUUUCAGCUUCCCUCCUGAGACGUGCACUUUGGGCUCUGUUGAUCAGGAUAGUUUGGGGGGAGCAGGACAGACGGCAGAGGAACAGGAGCUGUCCAGCCUUACGACACUCCACAUCGAUUCGGAGACGAGCAGCCUCAGUCAGCACGGCAUAUCGGCUGAUACAGUCACUAUUACCGGUUCAGAGAGCGCGUCUCCCAUGCACUCGCUUGGAGGUUCCCGAUCACAGACGCCAUCCCCGGCCACGCUCACUGCCGAACACGUCCAACAUAAAGACCUGCAGCUGGAUGAGAAAAUGCAUCACUCUGUCCUGCAGACACCUGAUGACCUCGAAACCAGCGAAUUUCCGACGGAGGAUGGCAGCGUGAUGUCCGGAGGUACCUUGACCGGCUGGCACGCUGAUGUCGCCACUGUGAUGUGGAGGAGAAUGCUAGGCAUUCUGGGAGAUGUCAACUCCAUCAAGGACCCUGAAAUCCAUGCACAGGUCUUUGACUACCUCUGUGAACUCUGGCAGAACUUGGCCAAGAUCAGAGACAAUCUCGGGAUCUCCCUUGACAACCAGUCGUCUCCACCUCCGCCCGAUCUGAUUCCACCUCUUCGCAUUCUGACUCCAUGGCUCUUCAAAGCCACUAUGCUUGGCGAACGCUAUAAACAGGGAAAACUCCACGCCUAUAAGCUCAUCUGCAAGAUCAUGAAGAGAAGACAGGACGUUUCCCCUAACUCAGACUUCCUCAUGCACUUCUACAACAUCAUGCACUGUGGCCUGCUUCACCAAGACCAGGACAUCGUAAACACCAUCAUCAAGCACUGUUCUCCACGCUUCUUCUCUAUUGGUCUUCCUGGAGCAACUAUGCUCAUCCUGGACUUCAUCGUGGCAGCGAGCCGAGUGACCGCCUGCUCGUCCCUUAACGCUCCUCGGGUGGAGGCUCAGAUUUUGUUGGGGUCCCUCGUAUGUAUCCCUAACCUGUAUAAGGAACUUCCCGCCCUGCACCCCACAACGGCUGAGAUCAUCAUGACAAAAUUCACAGAUGUCAAGGAGCACAUAAUCAAACACAUCUUGAACUCAGCCAGAGAUGAGCCUUCUGCACCAGCAAGGAGUGUGGCUCUCUGUAGUUUGGGGGUUUGGCUUUGUGAAGAGCUGGUUCAUGGCACGCAACACCCACAGAUCAAAGAAGCACUUAAUGUCAUCUGUGUCACUCUCAAGUUCUCGAAUAAAACCGUUGCCCUGGCGGCCUCGGAUAUCCUUCACCUGCUUAUAAACUACGUGGACGAUCUGCAGAAGUUCCCGCCCAACACUCCAAAGAAAAUUGUGGAGGUCCUUAUUGCAACAAUUACUUACCUUCUGCCGGCCACAGAGUCCUCCCCUCAUGAGCUGGACAAAAGGCUGGUUGUUUCUCUGCUGCUGUGUUUGCUGGACUGGGUCAUGGCUCUACCUCCAAAAACUCUCCUUCAGCCAGUUGAUGGAGCCUCUGACAAAGAGACAAACGAUAAGUCUGUUCUGAGUUGCAUUUAUAAGGUCCUCCAUGGUUGCGUAUACGGUGCUCAAAGCUUUAGUAACCCCAGUUACUUCCCCAUUCACCUGUCAGACUUGAGUAGUCCAGACUAUGACCCCUUCCUACCGCUGGAGAACUUGAAGGAACCGGAGCCUCUCCAUUCGCCCGACUCUGAACGCUCCUCCAAACUGCAGCCCGUCACUGAAGUGAGGAGUCGUAUUCAGCAAGGCCUGAUCUCAAUUGCGGCACGCACGGUCAUAUCCCACCUGGUCAACCACCUGGGCCACUAUCCCAUGAGCGGUGGUCCGGCCACUCUGACAAGCCAGGUGUGUGAGAACCAGGAUAACCCAUACAGCGAGAGCGCAGACCUGACGCCCGAACUCUUUGAUGCACCCAACUUGCAGUUCUUUGUGCUUAAUGGAACCACACUGCUGUCCUACCUUCAAAUCCGGGCAGAGGGUGGUCUGCCCGGAGGCGGUAUGUCGGCUGGCCUCACCACUACCAAUGCCUGUGUACGAGUCAUCGUGAGGGACAUUUCCGGAAAACACUCCUGGGACUCAGCCGUACUGUAUGGCCCACCUCAAUGCAUCAGUCCCAGUCAACCUUUGCACCUUUAUACGUCCUCCACUCCAGCAGGGGAAAGUAGAGAACAUGCCAAAGAUCAGGGCAGUUUAGAGAGUGGCAGUCAAGAAGAGCCAGAGAAUGGAGCGUUUCAUGAGAAUGAGGAGAACCUGGAGAGGGAUGAAGAGGAAGAGAAUGAGAAUGAGGACAGGGAGGAGAUGGAACUUGAGGAGGAGGAUGAAGAGGCAGCACUGGAGCUGAUGGCCCCACAGGCGAAACGGCGGUGCAGAGAAGUCGUCCCAAGCUGGGACUCCCUGCAGGAUGGAGAAGAAGUCCUGGACGAGAUGCUGCAGUACUUGGAAUACUCUAGCCCAGAGUGCCUGCAGCGCACCGGCACACCGCUCAAUAUACCAGCCCCGCCACCCAACUGCGUGUCCGAGAAGCAGGAGAAUGAUGUCAUCAAUGCCAUCUUGAAGCAGUGCGCUGAAGAGCGCGACUUUACACUGCAUUGUGGGAACGGGCUGAACAUGAGAGCAGCGGUGCAGCAAGAGCCAAGCCCUCAGAGACCCCAGUCGGCCUUCUACUACUGCAAACUGCUCCUCAACAUACUGGGCAUGAACUCCUGGGAAAAGAGGAACAGUUUUCACCUGCUGAAGAAGAACGAAAAACUACUGAGAGAGCUGAAGAAUCUGGAUUCCAGACAGUGUCGUGAAACGCACAAGAUUGCAGUGUUUUACGUGGCAGAGGGGCAAGAAGACAAGCACUCCAUAUUGUCCAACACAGCUGGAAGUCAGGCGUAUGAAGACUUUGUGUCAGGCCUGGGCUGGGAGGUCAACCUUACUAGUCACUGUGGAUUCAUGGGCGGCCUUCAGCGUAACAAAAGUACGGGAUUGACCAUGCCGUACUUUGCCACCUCUACGGUAGAGGUGAUGUUCCAUGUGUCCACGCGCAUGCCUCCAGAUUCAGACGACUCGCUCACUAAAAAGUUACGGCAUCUGGGCAACGAUGAAGUGCACAUCGUGUGGUCCGAGCACUCACGGGACUACCGGAGGGGCAUCAUUCCCACUGAAUUUGGAGAUGUGCUGAUCAUCAUCUACCCCAUGAAGAACCACAUGUACAGCAUCCAGAUCAUCAAGAAGCCUGAGGUGCCGUUCUUCGGCCCGCUGUUUGAUGGAGCUAUAGUGGAUGGCAAGAUCUUACCCACAGUCGUGCGAGCCACGGCCAUCAACGCCAGCAGAGCUCUGAAAUCCUUGAUUCCUCUCUACCAAAAUUUUUAUGAAGAGAGAGCGAGGUAUUUGGAAACCAUAGUCCAGCAUCAUUCUGAAGCCACGACGUUUGAGGACUACGCCGCCCGUGUUUUCUGCCCCGCACCUUUCCACUAUCUGCCAUCUGAAGCAGAGAGAAAUGCUGUGAUUUUUCUGCUCCUUCCCAAACCUCCAGUAGAAAACAUUGGGCUCAUCAAGGUAAAGGGCAAAGGCUUGAAAAGGAAGGUGUUUCACGCUAGCUGUGAAUGGCUCAUGCAUCGAGAGUCAACUGGCCGAAAGUCUGGCAAUGCAGGUAGACGGGAACGAUUUAGCCUCACCAAUGUCGCCUCGUGCUAGCAAGAGCCGGAUGUCCAUGAAGCUACGCCGUUCCUCCGGCUCUGCCAACAAGACUUGACCCUUUCAUCCCGAAGAGAUGCACAAAAUGCAACGUCACGCCAUUCGCUCUCACUUCAGGACUCCGCCCAUUGCACGGUCCGAGACAAACCACACCUUCAUGAGAACUGCAGCCACGCCCUCCCACACAGCUGAGAGCCAGUAGGAUCAAAGACACGUUUUUGCGGUUGUUGAUGUACAAUGCGGAAAACGAAAUGUUUAUUUUUGUCGAUUUGUGUUAAUAACUUCCUCUACAGUUAUCAUAGCUGGUCUAGUGUGUUGCCCACUACGAUUGCCAGUGAAAUGAGAACAAAUUGAAACGUUUCCUUUUGAUCGCCAUUGUAUCAGCCACUUUUUAUAAUUGUACAGAAGACUCUUGAGCGCUGAGGUUUUCUUUAUAUGGUGACGCUGGUGAUGGCGUGUUCGAAAAUCAUGUUUGUGGAGCGGAUGUUCAUUUAAACUGAAGCAAUUCUGGCUGUCACGUUCAGUUCAGAUCCUGAUGUGGAACAUGUUUUUAUAUAACAUUCACACUUGCAACAGGUCAUUUUUUGGUUUGUUUGCCGUUUUCUUUGUGCAUCACAUUAAGUGUGGUUGUAAAGCCGUUUUCACUUGAUUAUAAUAUUUUAUCAUUAAUGCUAUAAUGGACCGCCCCUUUGUCAUUUGUAACGGUUAUUUGUGUGUAUAUAUCUAUAAAUAUAAAAUAUAUGCAUAUUUAAUGUAUGUGUAUAGUGUAUGAACAGUAUCUGAUCUGUGUACAUAUUUAACAGUAUUUAAAUCAACCAAAAAAGCAAAAGGGUAAUUAAAGCUCAAGCCACAUCAAGUCAGAUAGAGCUUGAAUGUCUUUCUGUAUGGCUUUAGUAUCGUUUCAUAGCACAGCGGCCUAAGAAACAAGCCUAUUUUACGUCAUGCAUGCCUCUUCAUCUCACCUGGGAUGAGAUUUUUAAGGAAAAGUGUGAAUGAGUCGUCACAUUACCAGAGCUUGCAGGGUGUGGGCGACGUUGCCAAAUUGAGCGGAAUUACACGCUUUACUUUGUGCUGGUUCAGCAGAUCAGCUGGGAGAGAGGACUGUGUCAUGUGAUAUUUUGCUUGUAAAGACACUUGGACUUGGUCUUUGAAGUUUUUGUAAACAUGUAGAUGUGAAAGUGUACAAGAGCAUCUUUCUCCGAAACUCUGUUAAGCGGCACUUGUUCAUUUAAUCACUCUUUCAUUGUUUAAUAGAUUAAGUGGUAACUGAUGCUAUAGAUGGAUGCAAGAUGCAUUUGACAAAAUAUCCCAUGUUUAAGAUCAAAUCACGUUUGUAUAUUUUCUUGGCAGAAACAUUUCAUAAGGGUUAGUCUUUAUGGAAUCUUUUUAAUGUUUCAUUUUUUUAUUUGAAAUUAUUUAGAAAUUUAGAAUAUUCAUAUACACAUGGGGUUGAAAUCAUGCAGCACUCUGUUGGAUUAAAAUGAUCAUAACAUGUAUAUUAAAGGCCUGCGCGCGCACAAGUGACUGAAAUCUGUGCGGAAUUUCAAGUGGAAAAAAACUUUCCUUGAUAGAUUUGAUGUAUGUUUCUACUGACCAAAUGCUGCAUGUACCAGUAAUAACUGCAUGUGUUGAUAUAACAACUGCACAACACACACGCACAUACGCAGAUCCACAAUAAUGUCAUACCGUAGAAUCUUAAACAUUUGUAUCAGAUGUUGAAGGAGGAGAGUGGAUGCGCAAUCACACUUAAGAAUAAAAUGAUUCUUACAACA